AUGGAUGCUGGCCACUGGACAAACAUUUUAGGAAGUGACUUAUGGGAGUUAGGAAAGGACCCCCAUGACAUUAUGCCAUCUCUGAGAUUAAGUUAUCAAUACCUACCUUCUCAUCUCCAAUGGUGCUUUGCCUAUUGUUCAGCAUUUCCCAGAGGUUACCCAUUUGAUGUCGACAAGUUGGUCAACAUAUGGAUCGCCCAGGGAUUAAUUCAAUCAAAGAACACGAACAAGAGACCGGAGGAUGUAGGACGAGAGUACCUCAGUGACUUGGUAUCCAGGUCUCAUUUCGAAAUCCCCAACUAUAGGAAAUCUUACUGGCAAGGAAGAUACCAUGUGAUGCAUGAUUUGAUGCAUGAAUUGGCAGUAUCUGUUUGUUUGGAUGAAUGCCUCAUAUAUGAAGGUAAGGAGUUAGGAAUCAUGCCAAAGACAAUUCGCCACUUAUCUGUAUCUCAUUGGGCUGGACCUGAUUUCCUUUCUGAAUGGGAGAGCUUGCGAACCCUCAUGGUUAACUCCAUGCAUGGCAUAGAUUUUGGAGCACUGAGAAGCAUCCGGGUGCUAGAUAUAUCUUACAGCUACAUGAGGCAGCUGCCGGAUGCUGUCAGUCAUCUGAUACAUCUUCGAUACCUGGACCUUUCAGGCAAUAAUAUUUACAGUUUACCUGAAUCACUGUGUAGGCUCUACCAUCUACAGUCACUGAUAGUACCAAAUACAUGUCGCAGAUUACCUAAAGGGUUGACCAGUCUGAUCAACUUGCGGCAUCUCAGCGCAAGUGAUGAAGCAGUUUCUUGGAUAGCUGGAAUUGGGAGGCUCACUUGCCUUCAGGAAUUGAAGGAAUUUCAUGUCAGAAUUGUCAGAGGACAUGACAUCGGACAGUUGAAGAACAUGAGGGAGCUUAGAGGCCAGCUUUGCAUUCAGAGUCUCGAAGAUGUGGGAAGCAAGGAAGAGGCGAUUGAGGCUAACUUGAAAGAUAAAAUCCAUAUUGAAAAGUUGCAACUGAAAUGGAGCCGGUGGAUGCGGAAGAAGGUCAGGACUGAUGCGCAGGAGAUACUUGAGUGCCUCCAACCACCACCUCUUGUCAAAGAGCUGGAGCUCCACUGGUUCAGAGGUGCCCAGUCUCCGAGUUGGCUAGCAGCACAAUCUCUCCGGUCGUUGCAGUCUAUUCAUCUAAGAGGCUGUGAAAGGUGGCGGCGCCUCCUGCCUCUUGGGCAGCUGCCUGUUCUUGAGGUUCUCCACAUGGAAAAUAUGGAUGUGGUAGUUGAUGGAGGUGAUGCGGUCGUUGAGAUGUUUCCAUCCUUGAAGGAGCUAUGGUUGGUUGACAUGUCGGUCUUGUUUGAGGGCAUCUCAUUUGAAGACCAAGGUCGCAAGUUUUUUCACCACCUUCGAAGGUUAAAAGCUCUGAAUUGCCGUAAGGUGAAAGGAUUACCCCCACUUUCCAUGCUUUCAUCACUAGAAGAGCUUGAGGUGAAAACGUGUCCGGAUCUUGAAAGUGAGCUGCCUGAAUGUUUGAAGGUCCUCACUUCUCUUUCCUCACUAAAGAUGUCAGCACCAAAGCUAACAUACUUCCCAGGGGAGGUAAUGCAGUACCUAAAACAGUUGGAGGUUGAUGGAUGUUCAGAUCUCUCGUCCUGGUUGGUUGAGGAGAAAGAUGAAGCUGGAAGGUCAUCACUCAUCUCUCUGAGCAUCAUUGAAACACCCCUGCCCACAGGACCAAUCCUCAUGAGAUACCUCACCUCCCUCAGAGAGUUGAAAAUUGACCGUUGCUCCAAACUCACAUCCUUCACCACCGAGCAGAAAGAGUGGUUUAAAGGCCUCACCUCACUCGAGGAGCUAUGCAUCUCCAAUUGUAAGAAUCUCAUGUUCCUUCCUGUGGAGCUUCAUGAACUUCCCUCUCUGGAGAAGUUGGCCAUAACAUAUUGUCCUAUGAUACGAGCUUUGCCUAUUGGCUUGCCUACCUCAUUGAAAAAGUUGGACAUUUGGGGAUGUAAUCCGGCAUUGAUAGCACAAUGGCAACAUGAAGGAGCUCCUGAUUGGGUCAAACAAAUUCCUUACAAAUCUAUUUAUUGA